AUGACUGUGCCUGGUAACGUCUCCAACGAGGCCGACGAUGGCUCAACUCCUCCGGUGAGGGAGUUGGAGUCGUUGACCAUUGCGGGAAAAACCGAUGCGAGUGCAGAAGUGCCGGCGCACCGGUCACACGAUCCGACCAAGAAUUCAAAACGGACCGAUCCCUUCCAGUUUGGAAGCCGCUAUCUGAGCGAGGGGGACGAUGUCUUUGAGUUCAAUGCCUGGGACCAUGUCGAGACUGACGACGCGUACAAGGAAUACGCUGAACGUCAGUUUGAGAUGCAACGCCAAGCACCAGUUUCUGAAUUUGAUAAGAGCAGGUUCAAUGGCAAUCCAGCCAAGUGGUGGAAUCUCUUCUACAAAAACAACGCUUCAAACUUUUUCAAAAACCGCAAGUGGCUCCAACAAGAGUUCCCCGUCCUUGCUGAAGUAACCAAGGAGGAUGCUGGUCCCAAGGUAUUACUUGAAAUCGGCGCUGGCGCUGGUAACACAGCAUUCCCUGUGCUUGCCAACAACCAGAAUCCCAAACUCAAAGUCCAUGCGUGCGACUUUUCCAAGACUGCUGUAGAGGUUAUGCGCAACCAUGAGGCAUACGACACAAAUUUCAUCCAAGCCGAUGUUUGGGAUGUCGCAGGAGAAAGCCUUCCCCCUAACGUUGAAGAAGGAUCCGUAGAUGUCGCAGUUAUGGUGUUCAUUUUCUCAGCCCUGUCGCCCAGAGAGUGGGCACAAGCUGUCCGAAACGUUCAUAAAGUGCUAAAACCUGGCGGCUUGGUCUGCUUCCGAGACUAUGGAAGAGGGGACCUCGCCCAGGUUCGCUUCCGCAAGGGGCGCUAUCUGGAAGAGAACUUCUACAUUAGAGGCGACGGAACUCGCGUGUACUUUUUCGACCAGGACGAAUUGGCCAAGAUAUGGUCAGGUGAAGCUUACACCGACGACCUUGACAACCCCGACAUGCCCCAGUUCGAGAUAGAGAACCUUGGUAUCGAUAGACGAUUACUGAUAAACAGAGCCGAAAAGCUCAAAAUGUAUCGGUGCUGGCUGCAAGGCCGGUUUAGAAAGACAUAG